AUGAACAACUAUACUUCAAAAAUGAACACCGUUGUUGAGAAGAGCAUCGCCUACCGUCCCAGCCUUGGUAGAGCCGGCAUCGGAAAAGACCCAAAAUCUUCACGACGCCGACCGCAGACGGACCACGUUCGCCCUAUCUCCGGCAGGAGAAGCGCAGACAAGGAUGGGGUCAGGUCUCUAAGUUCUAGUCACGCCGAAGACAUUGACUCUUCAAGCUUCCCGUCUUCUCAACCCCUCAGUGGACUACCUACGGCCUCAUUUCCCUGA